UUGGUGUUUGUUGGUGUCAGUUUGGAGGAGCAGACAGUCACAGGAGGUGAGCGGGUGUGGCAGGAACAUUACUGUGAAAAGCUGCUGAUUUGGAAUUCAAGAGAUGAAACUACAGGCCGUACUCUUCCUCUUGCUGCUGCUCAAUGUUGAGCUCUCGUCAUGCACACUUGUGCGGGUGAUAUCUGGUUCCACUCUGGAGCUUCCCUGUCUGUCAUUUCAAAAUGGCUACAUCGGAGAAGCCAUCACCUGGAAAUUUAAUGGUGAAGAUCUCAGUGCUCAGUCGCCUGGCUUGCCAAGAAUUAAACAGGGUGGCAUGCUUCUCUCUAUAUCCUCGGUUACUGCCGCAAACCAGGGCGAGUACACGUGUACGAUAGAGGACGACAGUAUGGAGAUGACAAGGACGUACACCAUUGAAGUGCUUGCAUCCAUCAGUUAUACUAUGAAGGUAAUCCAAGGCUCCAUCGCUCGCCUCCAGUGCCAGUUCCCAAUGUCCAGCCAAGUCACGGCCAACGCACUUUGGUUCAAAGUGAAAACUGAUGGCACGAGGACACAGCUAAAUACUGAAGAUGAGUCAACAAGUAACAGAGUGAAGCUGAUUUAUCCAAACGACCAUGAUCAGACCAUUAACAUCGAAAACACUGUGUUGGAAGAUACUGGAGCUUACCAGUGUGAAUCUGCUGAUGGGGUGAUACUGAGCUCCAUAAAUAUCAUUGUGGAACUUGCUCCUACCGCCAUUCCUCAUUCGUGCAUUGGCUACACAACAGCAUGGGAGACCUGCCAGGACGAGAGCAGUCGCACAGGGGAACUGAUAUUGCAGGAGUCCAUCACAGAGUUUUCCAUGAAGCUCUAUUCUUUCCUCAGAGAAUUACAACCCUCAAGCAACUUGCUCUUCUCCCCUAUCAGUAUCAGUGGGGCACUGUUUCAUUUGUUGUUAGGUGCGAGGGAUAACACCCGAAAAGCCAUUGAGACGGCCGUCUACGUGCCUCAUGACUUCCACUGUGUUCACCUCCAGAUGAAGAAGCUGAGAGAGAAGCUGGCUGGCUCUCUACAGAUGGCCUCUCAGAUCUACUAUAACCCACAGAAUAUGAAUCUGAGUGAGUCCUUUACCAACCAGUCCAUCCAGUUUUAUGAAGCGAAGCCCACCAGGCUGCUGGAAACCAGCGAGGAAAACACACUUAUGAUCAACAGCUGGGUGGCAAAUAAGACCAACAACAAGAUCCAACAUUUGAUUGACUCUGUAUCCCCCAGUACUCAGAUGAUGCUGCUCAACGCUGUCUCCUUUAGUGGUCAGUGGAAGAUCAAGUAUGAAAUGAAACCCCGGAAAGGACUUUUCACAAAACUGGAUGGUGAUAUGGUGACGGUACCAGUCCUAUAUCACCAGAAAUACAGGGCGGCUAUGACGUAUGUGGUUGAGCUAAUGGCACAGGUGGCGAGGUUUGCUCUCUCAGGUGACAGCAGUCUUUACAUCCUGCUGCCUCGCUCCAACAAAGUGAGUGACCUGCAGCAGGUGGAGGAGAGGAUGACGGACACAGCUGUGCGUCAAAUGAUUGAACAAAUGAAAACAGUCUCUCCUCAGCAAAUCGAGGUCACUCUGCCCCAAAUCAAGCUGGAUGUCGAGCCAGACAUGAACCUACUCAUUAAGAAAUUAGGACUGUCGUCACUCUUCGAGCACCCAAACCUGUGCGGUCUCUACUCUGAGGACAGGGUGGUUCUGGACGAUGCCAGACACAGAGCCUUCCUCGCACUGACCGAACAUGGAGUUGAGGCUGGCGCCGUCACCACCAUGUCGUUCUCUCGCUCCUUUAAUUCCUUCUCUGCCCUGCGGCCUUUCAUCAUGCUGCUGUGGAGCGACCAGGCCAAUGUGCCACUCUUCAUUGGCCGAGUGACCGACCCAUGAGACAGAGAGACAGGGAGAGAGGGAGUGGAGGAGGAACAGAUGGGCAAAAGGGCAAGAAAGAAACAAAGUCUGCCUGGUAGAAUGGAAAUACAAUGAAUUAUCUUACAUUGAUAACAUGAUAUCAAUUCAGUGUCAGUUUUGUUUUUAGUGAUAAAGUGAGCAGAUACAUGUACCCAGGCCUGGAUUGUCUCCAAAGAUGAUGAUUAAUAAACUAGUUUGAGCCCUCUGAAACGCAAAA